GACUGGUGUUGAAAAGAGUCGAAACAGAACCCAUUGUGGUGUUGGAGAGGAGUGAGCUGCUGCCUGGGAGAAAAAGAAAAGAGGCAAUUUCGUGACCACAAAUUGAUUCAUUAUAAGCGGACAGAUAUGGACCAUAAUAUACAAUACAGUCGCCGGUGUCCUUUGUGAAUAGGACCGUGUCGUCCAGCCGGAAAGAGCCGGUAUAUGAAGAGUUAAGACCCGACAUCCCAACUGUUUAUUUCGGCAGCUAGCAGGCUAGCUGGCUAGACACCUUUGAGCUAGAAAUGUGGAGCCCGUGUGAGUUCGCAUGAUAGAGAUCUUCGUCGAGCUUUGAAGAAGCUGUUUUCGGUUUAGAUAUUGUCGGCGGUGAUUUAAAGUAUCAGUCGCCCGCUUUGUAAGUAGCCGCAACUUUGAAGAAUGAUAUCAACUGAGCGCUAAGCAUUUCACUACUACAGACCCGGAGAGGAGAAAGUCAUACAGGCCUGCUGGCUUGAGGUUGUACACAAACACCAAGAAGAAAGAACAUGACUUACUGGCCUCUGCCAGAGACUGGCACGGGGCAGCUGUGCCAACCUCCCCCCUGCGCACCGCUUUAGAAGCUACCCCAGUACACCAUGACGGAGAGGCAUUGAGGUUAGCUCCCUGACGAUCAUCUCAAUACCUCUCCUCCUCCCUAUCCCUCAAGAACCCCCCACCCCUGCCCUGCCCCCAUCAUGCUGCGCUUCCUGCCUCUCAAACUUGGCCGCCUGUACCGCUGUCUGAAGCUCUUACUGGUGGUGGGACUGUUUGUCAUCUUGCUGAUGAACACUCACAACCUGUUCGCCUCCUUCCAGAAGAAUGAGCUCACUGAUAGACGCUUCAUCAACCUCAACAAGUGUCCCGCCUGCUUUGGCACCAGCUGGUGCCGCAAAUUCAUGAACGGCCAGGUUUCUUUUGAGACCUGGGGUCGCCUACGAUUCCUAGAUGUUUUCAAUGUCAAGAAUGUUUACUUUGCUCAGUACGGUGAGCCCAGGGAGGGCACCCGUCGUGUGGUGCUCAAACGGCUCGGCUCCAACCAGGAGCUGGCUGAGAUUGACCAGAAAAUCUGCAAGCGGGCCACAGGCAGGCCGCGCUGUGACCUCAUCCAGGCAAUGUACAAGACUGAAUUUGCCCGGAUCAACGGUGAUGUUCGUCUGCUCACUCCAGAGGUGGUAGAGGGCUGGUCAGAUCUGGUGCACUGCCCCUCUCAGAGGCUGCUGGACCGUGUGGUCCGCAGGUAUGCUGAGACCAAAGACUCAGGCAGCUUCCUGCUAAAGAACCUCAAGGACACGGAAAGAAUGCAGCUCCUCAUGACCUUGGCAUUCAACCCGGAACCGCUUGUACUACAGAGCUUUCCGUCAGACGAAGGGUGGCCGUUUGCCAAGUACCUGGGAGCGUGUGGGCGCAUGGUAGCUGUCAACUACGUGGGCGAGGAGCUGUGGAGCUUCUACAACGCACCCUGGGAGAAGAGGGUAGACUUGGCACGUCAGCUGAUGGACAUCGCUGAGCAGCUCACCAACAACGACUUUGAGUUUGCCCUCUACCUGCUCGAUGUCAGCUUCGAUAACUUUGCGGUCGGCCCACGUGACGGAAAGGUCAUCGUUGUUGAUGCUGAGAAUGUUCUUGUGGCAGACAAAAGACUGAUCAAGCAGAACAAGCCAGAAAACUACGACGUGUGGUAUGAGAGCCGUUUUGAGGAGUGCGACAGGGAGGCCUGCCUGUCUUUCUCUAAGGACUCCCUUUGUUCCAGGGUCACUGUGGACCACAACUACUAUGCUGUGUGCCAGAACCUGCUGUCGCGGUACGCUACGUGGCGGGGCACCACUGGAGGCCUCCUCCAUGACCCCCCCGCCCACGUAGCCAAAGAUGGACAACUCGAGACCCUGUUGGAUGAGUGCACCAGACCGAAAAAGCGCUAUGGCCGCUUCCAGGCGGCCAAGGAACUGCGUGAAUACCUCACACAGCUAGCUGCCGCUUCCUCCUCUGCUACAGCCAGGAAACAGAGAGAGUGAGACAGCUGCACAUAGGAAAAGGAAGGGAAUAAUUGGACAGUGGUGGUCCCUUGAUGCAGAUGUGCCAUACCAAAGAGGCUAUAUAUAAUAUUAAGAACCCGGAGCAGUACAGAGUGACAGCACCUUUCCCUCCAGUUGUUCCCCAAUAGAGCUGUCCGAAGGAAUCAUAAUGUGUACACAAUCGUAUAUGAGCUGGCAGGCCUGCAUACUGAUUUUUUUGUUUGUUUGUUUUUGGGUUUUUUUGUUCUUAUUCUUCAAAUAAGAAGCUUUUCCGGAGGUAUACAAGUCAAAGAUUGGGCGUACUCAAUGCCUUCCACUUUGUUAACCUCCCAUACGAUUGAUAAAUGAUGAUCAGAAUUAGACAUGUUUUUCUUCAACAAGGUCAAAAAAAUGUUGACUAUAUGAAAGUGGGAAAUUAAGUGAUUCUUCAGAGGACUAGAAAACAUAAUAAAACAGCGUAGUAGUGGCCUCCAGCCCCAAAUUUUCUUUAAAUGUCUGUAAUUGAUAAAUUAAUCAUAUCUUGAAACUUCUCCCACUAGUGCUGAGUGCAGUCAGCUCUAUCAAGUAAAUGUUAAAAAAGGAAAGGAAGAUAUCCUAAAUUACUUACUUGCUCCACAACUGGCUUCUGACCUGCACUUUUAAAUUUUGCAGCCCAGAAAUUUCUGUUGAAUAUUUAAACACUCUGCACCACUUAGAAGUUGGGUUGAUUUUACACUCAGUGGGCCAGCGAAUUAAAGCAUAAUCACAAAUAUAGGCUCAUUUGGUAAUGGAUUAUGAAAGAUCAUACUAAAAUAACCUUUAAAAAAAAAAAAAGAAAUCCCCUCUUUGGCUCCAUAUGUUUUGUAUGUCAUCUGUCUUGAUAUUGUGAAUCAGACGCUAAAUGCCCAGUGGAGUGUUGUGUAGCACGGUCAAUAGACAAAAAAUCAAGUAAAUAUGAGCCACUCCAUCUACGGGGAAACUAGAAAGCACAGCAGUUGCUUUUUGGCCUUCCUCAAGACCUAGGGAGCUGACAUGACCCCUUGUCAGUCAGGAAAAGCAAUAAAUAGAAGUUUGGCUGAUGGAUUUCUGGUUUUGCCCCCCCUCGUAGUGUCAGAUAUAUUUUCUGUUUCCCCUGUCUGGAGGACAUUGAACCUGGAGGGAUUUUUAUGUGCGUAACUAACUGUCCACUUUUGUACUGUAAUUUUUCUUUUUGAGUAUUAUAUCAGCAUUGUCUGAUUUUUCCUGUGCCUUUCAUUCAAAAGUUGUAUUUACAACUUUUAGUGGGUUUAAAUAUUGAAAUAAAUGAAGAUAUAUAUAUAUAUAUAUAUAUAUAGAUAUAUUCA